AUUGACUAGGGAAGUUACGUUAUCGGAAGAAAGCAACUUUAAAAAAGUAAAGCUGAACUGAAUCCAUCACGUGGAGAUCGAAGAGUGUACGUAGAUACAUUUUCUCUCGGCCAAUAAUGUGGUAAACGGUAGCGGGCAAUUGAUGAAUCUGAUCUUACAAAUCUACUCGACUUUUUGGCCAGAACUCCCUGCAAGGUUGAGUAUCAAAAAACCUUAAUUACCGUUUCUUAAUUCGGAGUACUGAAGCUCAUUCUGUAACGGCUAGAAUUCGAAUAGCAAGAGAAAAAGAAAAAUGGAUGGGCCUGCUGUUUGUAAAACAAGACCAAAGGCGAAGGUGACUUCUUCUGAACAAGCAACAAGCAGCUUAAAUGGUAGGACAUCCCAAGAAGAACCCGUGAAGAUAGAUGUAGUAGAGGAGCCGGAGGCAAGCCCAAGCGAGCAUCGUGCAAAUGAAACUCAAACGGAUGGGAGGGAACAAACAUGUGAUCAAGUCUCUACUAAUGACAAGAUAAGAGAUUCUCUCUAUUUGGCUGCACGAAAAGGUGAUUGGCGAAGUGCUAACAACAUAUAUAAGAAAUAUCCAAAUGCCGCUAUAUGGUACCUUCCCAUAACACAGCAGAAAAUGAAUGUUCUUCAAGUUGCAGUUGCAGCAAAACAGACAGAUUUUGUAAAACAACUCUUGAACUGUAUGGAGGCAAAAGAGUUAGAAUUCGAAAACGCCAACGGAGAUACAGCCCUUCUCAUUACUGCUCUGUCAGGAAAUGUGAAAAUUGCGAAGAAGAUGGUGGAAAAGAACAAAAAUCUGCCAGGGAUUCGAAAUAAAGAAGAACAUCUACCACUCCUCACAGCAGCUAUGCACAGACAUAAAGACAUGGUGUUGUAUCUAUACCGUGUGACAGAUUUUGAAGAGUUGACUCCUGAAGAGCGCAUUAAGCUCUUUUUGUAUCUUAUUUUCUGCGAUUCAUAUGAUAUAGCAAAGGAAAUUCUGUCAAAGGAUCCAACAUUAGCAAAAGCAGAGGAUGAAAAUGGGCGUAUAGCAUUGAAAGAGUUAGCAAGGAAAGCUUUUGCAAUUGGUAGUAGAAGUCAAAUGUCAGCCUGGAAAAGAUGCAUACGCCCAUGUUUUAAAGGGGUCUAUCACAAAGCGUUGAUGCGGACCUUAGCCCAUCAACUAGUUAAAGAAAUUUGGGAAAAUGUUCAAAAGUUGCCAUCGGAGCAGUUUCAGAAAUAUUCCUCUACAAUUUUUCUUGCUGCAAAGUUGGGGAAUGUUGAAUUUAUAACUAUACUUCUAGAGUCUAAUCCUGACCUCAUAUGGAUGGUUGAUAAAAAGAAGCGAAAUAUAUUUCACAUUUCUAUUCGAUAUCGGCAAGAGAGUAUAUUCAACCUAAUACACGAGAUAGGCGUUUUUAAGGAUAUGAUUGCAACAAAUUGUGACAUAAAGAGCAACAACAUGCUGCACUUGGCUGGAAAAUUGGUUGAUGUGGAUAGACUAAAUAUUGUAUCAGGUGCAACCCUUCAUAUGCAACGGGAGCUAUUAUGGUUUAAGGAGGUUGAAAAGAUUGUACCCCUUGCAUUCUUGAAGGUGAAGAAUUACAGAGGAAAAACACCUAAGGAUUUAUUUACAAAAACACAUGAAAAGUUACAUAAAGAGGGUGAAAAGUGGAUGAGAGGCACGGCAAUGCAUUGCAUGCUUGUUGCGACGCUGAUUGCCACUGUGGUUUUCGCUGCAAUCUUCACUGUACCAGGUGGUAAUCAACAAGAAGAGGGUAAGCAUCAAGAAGAGGGAACUCCUAUCUUUUUGAAACAUAAUUGGUUUUUGGUAUUCUUCAUAUCAGAUUCAAUAGCAUUGUUAUCCUCUUCAACUUCAAUAUUGAUUUUCUUGUCAAUUCUCACAUCUCGUUACACAGAAAGGGAUUUUGUUAGUUCAUUACCUAGAAGGUUAAUGUUCGGACUAACUGCGCUCUUCAUCUCCAUAGUAGGCAUGGUUGUUGCGUUUGGUGCAACUUGCUUUUUGGUCUAUCAACGCAAAAAGACAAAGGUUCCGACUAUUAUAAUUACUUUAGCUGGUGUUCCAAUUUGCUCUUAUAUUCUGCUACAUUAUGAACUUUGGAUCGAUAUAAUCAGCUCAACAUACUUGUCUAGAAUUCUUUUUCGGUCCCGUAACCGUAUGUUUUGUUAGAAAGUGGAAUAUGUCCACUCUAACAAUUGGUCUGUAGAAAGAAUUGUCGGAGGCAAUCAAGGGAUUUGAACAAGGAAGGCCAAGGAAAGAGUGAGCAAUUGGCUUGAUUGUAGUAAAUGGACCAUUUAAUGAGGACUUUUAUUUGUCAUGUGAUGUAAUAUACCUCUCUUUUGACCUCAUUUUCACCCAUAAGUGAUACCCUUAUACACUAA